AUGGCCGACGCCGCGUCCAUUGCCACCGACGCCACGUCUGCCGCGGCAGAGAACAUUGCCGUGUGCAUCCGCGUGCGGCCAUUGAACGAGCGGGAGACGCGCGCGGGCGACGCGGCCGCGCUGUGCUGCGUGCCGUCGCUGCACGUGGUGUCGCUCACGGACCCCGAGACGGGCGCGCCGCUCUCUGGCAAAGGUAACGUGUUCCAGUACGACGAGAUCUUUGACGCCAGCAGCGACACGGCCGCCAUGUACGCGCGCGUGGGGCGCCGCAUCGUGCACUCGACGCUGCAGGGCAUCAACGGCACGAUCUUUGCCUACGGACAGACGAGCUCGGGCAAGACGUACACGAUGCAAGGCGACGGCGGGGCGCCGGUCGAGCCCGAGACGAGUCGCUCGGGGCUCUUGCAGUUGGCCGUCGACGACAUUUUCCAGUUCAUUGCAGCGUGCGGCGACCGCGACUUUCUGCUGCGCGUCUCGUUUGUCGAGAUCUACAACGAAGUGGUGAAAGAUCUGCUGACGCCGACGGACCGAGGCGCGAACUUGAAGCUCCGGGAAGACCCGAAGAAAGGCGUGUACGUCGAAUGCCAAGAGAAGAUCAUUACGAACUACGAGGACAUUGUGACGUUGCUGCAGACGGGCAAUCGGAACCGCACGGUGGGCCACACGGCCAUGAACGACAAGAGCUCGCGCUCGCACAGCGUCUUUCGGAUCGUGAUUGAGAGCAAGCACAAGGACGUCUCGAGACGGCUGUCCGAGGAAGACGUGGACGGCGCGGUGCUGGUGGCCAGCCUAAAUCUCGUCGACCUCGCUGGAUCGGAGAGUCUCCGACAUACUGGGGCCGAAGGCAUUCGGCAACGAGAAGCCGGCAACAUCAACAAGUCGCUGCUGACGCUGGCGCGCGUGAUCAACGCUCUCGCUAGCUCAGGCGGAGGCGGACAGAAUGCGCCGUUCCGAGACAGCAAGCUCACGCGACUCCUGCAGAACUCACUCGGCGGGAACACACGCACGCUCAUCAUCUGCUGUGUGACCCCAAGCGACAGGUACAUUGAAGAAACCAAGAGUACGCUGCAGUUUGCAGCCCGUGCAAAAGAUAUACAGACAACAGCGACUGUGAAUGAAGUGCUUGAUGACCAGACACAGCUUCGCCGUCUUAAGCGCGAGGUGCACGAGCUCCGAACGCUGGUGAACUCGGAAGCGCUGACUGCGCUGAAAGCUGAGAACGAAGCGCUGAUUAGCGAGAAGCAUUGCAACAAGUCGGAGAUGGCGCGACUCAUGGGGCUGAUCCUUUCCAGCACCUCUGUGGCAAAAGCCAACGCUGCGAGCAAAGAGCGCAAACAGCGGGGCAAACGGACGAGGGAGACGUGGGGACCAGGCGACUUUCCUGCCGAUAUCAAGGCACUACGUUCCUUCUUGCCCCACCUGUAUCCUCACAAACGGCAUUCUUUGGCAAAAGAAAACGUGGAUCCUCAGACACCUUUUCACGUCAAUGAAGACGUCAAUGAUAUUUCAGCAGCAAAAGGGAACUUCAAGCUUCCAUUACCAGCGAUGAGCAAACUUGAGCCGGCGUGGAGUGAACUGGACGAUAGCGCCAAAAACGUGCUCGAUCUGUUUUCGGCAGUCUAUUGGAUUCACCAGGAUGGAAGUUGCAAGGACGCGAUUGCUGCAGUGGAAACAAUCGUGCACGAAAAACGUGCAUUGCUCGAUGAUGCUCAGCGUACUCGUGCGUUUGACGUGCUAGCAAACAUGGUGGCUAACGUGCAGUCGAUGCAUGCUAUGGAUGGAAAGCAAUUGCUGGGGCAAGAUGUGAAAGCCCGGUGCCUAGAAGUAGAUCAUCACAGCUCAGAAAGUUCGCUGAAGGUCACUACGCUCGUCGAAGAAAUGAAGGCCAAGCUAGAGUUUACUCAGGAAUCUUUGGUCAAGGAAAAGAAGCGCUGUCACGAUCUGGAGAUGGAAAAAGCCAGCACCCAACAAAUGGCAGAAGAAGAAUUGGGUGCACUCCGUUGUCAGCUGGAGACCUUGAAACUUGAGUCCCGUGAUUUGCAGCACCGACUCGACCGUGAGAAACAUCAGCUGACAGCCACCAUUUCGACGCUUGGUGAUGAAGGCAGUAUGAGUUCGCGCAGUAGUGGGAAUGAGCGGGAUAGCGGUUUGAAAGAUGCGGAAGCGUCACAGACUGUUCUUCGGCUGGCCGCUGUAGAGUGCGACGUGGAAAUUGACUAUCCGACGUUACGUGAGAAUGAAGUCGAGUCGACAGAGGUAGCUUCACAAGUCGAGUCUAUAGCAGAAGAGGAGGAAGAGCUGGUGCUGCAAGAAGAGGAUGCUUGUGCGCUGGAAAAUGGAGAGCAAAAGGCUGUAUCGCAAAACGAAAUGCCGUCGAUAAAAAACGAUACGGUAUCACGACAAGAUGCGCCUGUUACAGACCAACUCGAAAGUUUGGUUGUGGAGAAACUUGCUGGAGAGUUGCAAAGCAUCAUGCAGGAGCUUGCACAACUGCAGUCAGACCACGAACAGACAGCUCUGGAGAAAGAAGAGCUACAAGCAGAGGCAGAAAAAAUGAGCGAGGAAAUUGAGGUUGCGCAACGUCAUGUUUGCGAGAUGAGUGAGGCGUUGAUGGAGAAAGAGCACAUUGCGAAGGUUUUGCAGGCACAGAUGGAUGCGAAGCUCAUGACGAUCUCACAGAUGCAGACAAAGUACAGCGAAGAAGUCGGAAUGUUGCAACAGAGUAUCCAGGACCUUGUGACGGAAAAAGAUCAGCUUCUUGCGAAAACUCACGGGGGGUCGGAUGCCGAACGAGGCGCUACUACAGACGACAUGGAUCCGCAAAAGCCGGUGAUCGAAUGUAGCGACAGCACGGAGAAGCGUGUAUGUGAAGAAGACGAUACUAUUGACCUGCGCUCGGAAGUGGCACAGUUAGCCGAGCAGCUUGUUGCGGUUAAGUCAGAGCUGUCAGAUACAAAGGAACGCUUACAAGCAACCCUUCAGACGUGUGAUGCUACUUUAUGCCAUCCAAAGCAAGAGACCGAUCCUGAUUCGAGCGUUUUGGCGGAUGAACAGGAGCAGGUUGCGGACGUCGGCUCACUGGACCAACCUGAUCUGCGUUACAACGAGCUCAAAGAAGAUUUUGCGCGAGUCAGUAAAGCGCUGGAUAACGUUUCGCGUGAGCGCAACGAUUGUGUCGAAGAGCUGCGUGCUUUGGAAUCCCAGCUGAUGGAGGUAUCGGAAGAGAAAAUGAAAUUUGCGGUCGCCGCCAACGAACAAGAAAACAAGCUUCGAAAGGUGCAGCAAGACGUCUUGUCAUCCUCGGCAACGAUUGCAACGCUUCGAGCGCAGCUGGAAGACGCUCAUUCAGCAAAAGCGGAGUUGGAAGCGAGCAAAAGUGAGCUUGAGCAAAGCAUCGGGGAACUCCAGACCUCUUUGACGACGUUACAAGUAGACUAUGCCGCGCUGGUGAAGCAGAUGCAAGACCGUGAAACAGUGGCAACGCCCGGAAAUGAGAGUAGUACCGCUGAGAUGGAACAUGUACAGCAGCGUCUCGAGAUUGAGUCCAGAGAGCGUACAAAGCUUCAGCUGGAUGUCCAAUCAUACGAAGAGACUUUGUCCGUCUUGCGCGAGGAAGCGAAGAAUAGCUCGGACACGGUCGCAGACCUGCUAGAGAAGAUGAGGUCGCUAGAAACGGACCUCGAUUCAGCUGGUCGUCUGCAAGAAAAGCAGGAUAAAGAAGUAGCAAGUUUGACAAUUGCUCUGGCAAGGUCGAAGGAGGAACUGGAUGAAAUGCGUAUCCAGGGUAAGCAGCGUCUUGUUGCCGCGGAAGGAAAAGAGAUGGCGCUUCAGGAAACGAUUUUGGAGCUUGAGCAGCAGCUCAAGACACUAUCGGGUGACGCAGGUGUGGAAAAUGCGUUGCCGCAGAACGAUCUGAGGGAGGAGAAGCUAAAUGAGGCAAGAGCAACACAGGCUGAGCUCCAAUCCCUAGUCGCAGCGCUGGAGGACGAGUUGGCGAAGGCGCAACGAGAGUUGCUUGAGCAAGACUCAGCGUGGAACAAGAAGCAAGAAUUGGCAAAGAAGGAGUUUGCUCGCUUGAUGUUGGAACAGACGCAACUGCGCGACGAAGUACUUGCUCUCCAAAGUAGUGCGGAAGCCGCUCAGGAGGCGCAUUCUAACGAAUUGCUGAAGGCACAAGAAUCGUGCACGGAGGUUUUGGCGCAAAAGGAAGCGAUGCAACGAGAAUUCGAAGCAGCAAGCACCGUGUGGGAAGAAAAGCAACAGGAUCUCGUGCGUCAGAUGGAUAGCUUUCGUGAGCAGUAUCAAACAGCACAGACAGAACUUGAUGAGUACCGGAAAAACGCGGAUGACGAAAUACACCGACUUCUCUCAGUCGUCGAGCAAAGUGAUGCCGAGCUGAACGAGCUGAAGCAUUCUUAUGGAGCAAGGGAGGAGGACUAUGAGAAAAAGAUCAGUGAGCAAGAAGAUCGGAUAAAGAGCUGCGGAGAAACGCUGCAAGCAGAGUACAGCGAGCUCGAGGCUGCACAUCAGCAGAUGAAGAAAGAAAACGCCAUGCUUGAGGAUCAACGCAGACGCAUCGAGGAGCAGCUUCAGAACGAAAUCGACGAGCUGCAGCAGACUUGUGCUGCGGUACAGACGCAGCAAGCCAAGUACCAAGCUAAGCUGAAGGAGAUGGAAGCUCAGCUGGAACUGACCGAGAAUGAAGUGACAAAGAAAUGUGGUGAGCUAAAGAGUCUUGCGAACUCGCUGAAGGCUGCAGAGAAGGAGGCUGUCAACAACCACAACAAGCUGGUGGAAGCCCAGCUUGCAAACGAAAGUAUGGAGAAGCUUGUCGACAAACAGAAGGCGCGUAUCGAUAAAUUGGAUAGGGUCAAAAUGACAACAGAGACGCUGGAGAUGUUCCGUAAGCUGAAAAAGGACCGCUUGGACUUGCAGGUCAAAGUGCAAAGUCUGCAAAAGCACUUGGCCGAAGCAGAGCAGGCCCCGGCACAAAGCCGAGACGAUCGAACGGACAAGCGGUCGGUGGCAUACAAGAAUGAAGAGCUGAGCCAGUUGAAGGAGCAAGUCGAAGAGCUUCGUGAAGCCGUGCGCGAUGAGAAACAUAAAGCGCUACAUGACAAGGCGAAAAUGCGUGCGGCACUGAACGAUGAACGCGAGAAAGCCGAGCACGAGAUCCAGGAAAUGCAAGCCUUGGUGAAGGAAAAGAUGGAGCUUGUGGAAACGCUGGAGUCGCAACUAGCGUCAGUCGAGGAUGCGAUGGCAAAGCUUUGCAAAAAGAAGAGUGAGAGUGUGUCGUACCUUGAAAACGAACCCCUUCGUCAUCAUUCGACGACAAGCCGGGAGCAGAAGAAGCAGAUGGAAUACACGUCGUCACUAUCUGAGAAGGACGAAGUGACUGGAGGCACAGGCAUGUACGACAUACCCGCCACUGCGGCUGCAAAGGUAGUCGAUGGAGACAUCAGCACUACCAGAAAAGCUUCCGAGGUGAAUGUGGGCACGGACGACGUCAAUCUCGACGACUGCGACGCUACAACUGAAGCCUCGCCUCACCUGCAAGGAACCUCGUCAGGUGCUGCCAAAGCAGGUGGCUUCGUACUCCCGGCACAGACGGAUGCGAUAGCUACAAACAGCCAGGAAGAACCGAAUGGAGGAGAGCACCCGGAAUGCGCUCAGCAGUAG